AGACACUCUUGUUUCGCUCCUUGACAACCCUGGCUGGGGUGCGCAGGCUGCGGCCCCGGCUCUGGCCCCCGCGGGAGCAGCACCCCUUGGGGAAAGACAUUUUCUUCUCCCACCAAGUUGGCAGGGCCUGCUUCCUGACUUUCCUGGGUGUGUCUUAAUUGCCAGUCCCAGCAUCUCCUGAAAGCCCCACUCUCUCCUCCAGUGGUCACAGUGGAAGGAUCAUGGGAGAAACAGAAGGGAAGAAAGAUGAGGCUGAUUAUAAGCGACUGCAGACCUUCCCUCUGGUCAGGCACUCGGACAUGCCAGAGGAGAUGCGAGUGGAGACCAUGGAGCUAUGUGUCACAGCCUGUGAAAAAUUCUCCAACAACAACGAGAGUGCCGCCAAGAUGAUCAAAGAGACCAUGGACAAGAAGUUCGGCUCCUCCUGGCACGUGGUGAUCGGCGAGGGCUUUGGGUUUGAGAUCACACAUGAGGUGAAGAACCUCCUCUACCUGUACUUUGGGGGGACCCUGGCUGUAUGUGUCUGGAAGUGCUCCUGACACUCUGUCCCCUGCCCCUGCCCCCCAUCCUGUGCAGGGCCUGUUCCUGCCACUCGUGGGGUGGGAAGCAGCCCCAGGCAGGUCCUGGUUUUUCCCAGGAGAGUUUGGGGUCUUUUCUUUUUGUCCUUGUCUGCCAGUUUCCUGAGCCAUGCCCAGUGUGUGAAUUUGUUGACAUCUC